UAAAUAAAACUGUGUGUGUAAAACAGCAGGGGAAUCACGAGAAGCAGCUUUUUUGGCAUGUUGGGAAGACAUUUAUGGUUGGGAACCUAGUGACCAAAAAGCAGGACUGCCUCAGGAUGAGAAAAACUGGGGGAGGAGGUCAUCUGGAGGCAGUGCUUUGCCGGGGCCGAGGGCGAUGAAUCGAGCAGUUGACCCGUCCAGCUCUGCGUGGGCCUUGCAAGUCCUGAACAAGAAUCUUAUUGAUGAUUUGUCAGUCCGUGAGCAGACAACUCUGAACUUUAACAGAGCCAGGAUGGAAAGCCUGCACAAGGGCCUACAGUUUCCACGAUGAACAGCACACUUAUUUUUCCCUCCCUCCGCUGGAGGUUGAGGAAGAGACCAAAAUGAGCAAUGUGGGGGUGAUGGGGGAAGGGAAUUGGGACAAGUGCGUUCCAGAGCCUCAGUGAAAUGGCCGCAUUCCUCCCAGGGAUGGCCCGUCCCUCCGAGCUCUAAGGGCUUUAAAAUGUCACCAGGGUUGGCGCAAGUUGGGGCCAUGCUUUUAUUAUUCCCAAGAGCCUGAGCUCUCGGUUUCCCCUGCUUUUCCAAAGUUUGCUUCGCGCCACUUGGCUUUGAUGAAAGGCCUACGUGAAUACCUGCUUGCGCUAACUGAAAUCUAUCCAGAGAGGAGCUUCAUUUUUCCAGAAAAAGACAGUAGCUGCUUCACUUUAUUUCUUUUCAGGUUACGAAAGUUUUCACAGGAACGCUGUCCUUUGGGCUAGCGGGGGAACCUGUAGCUGGACCCCAGGGGGUAUGAUGACAGGAGCAUCACUGACCUCUGAUGUGCUUAGCGCCUUGUCAGAGGCCCAAACCUACGAAGGCUGACCCUUGUCCAGAAAGGGCUCAGGCCUAGCCCAGAAUACAGACCUGGCACAGACUGAGACAACUGAGAACAACUGACUUUGACAGUGAGGAAUCUAGGGAAGAGCUGGCAAGAGAGCUGAGUGUCCUCGGUCAUGGCUGCGGGCGGCUCUGUGGAGUCGGGGCCUGGACAGAGCUUGAAGGAUGAUGUGGAUCCAGAGAGGAAGGGAAAUGACCUCUGGGUUUCAUGACUCCCUCUGCUUCCCGGUCCUGCGUUUCUUCAACCCUGCCCUAGAGCAGUUGCUGACAGAGCUGGAUGACUUCCUCAGGAUUCUUGACCAAGAGAACCUGAGCAGCACAGCUGUGGUGAAGAAGAGUGGCCUGGCCGAGCUCCUCCGGCUUUACACCAAAAGCAGCAGUUCUGAUGAGGAGUACAUUUAUAUGAACAAAGUGACGGUCCACAAGCAACAGGAUGCCGAGCCCCAAGACAAAGCGCCCGAGGAGCAGAGCCCACUGACUAACGGCGAGCCCAGCCAGCACUCCUCGGCCCCUCAGAAGAGUCUUCCAGACCUCCCGCCACCCAAGAUCAUUCCAGAACGGAAACAGCUCUCCACCCCAAAGAUCGAGUCUCCAGAGGGUUACUAUGAAGAGGCUGAACCAUAUGACACAUCCCUCAAUGCGGAAGAAAUGGAGGCCCCCAGCAGGGGCGCUGGACCUCUCAAGAGCAGGCGUGUGAGGGCCGCGUCUGGUCAGAGGUUUCCACGGGGUCUGAGGCGACAGGAUUUGAGGAGGAAGAGGGAGACUCCUGGUUUUACGUCACCUGCGUCUGCGGCCGGAGGCAGCAUCCAAGAGGACGGAGAGGCCGUGAGCAGUUCCUACGAGUCCUACGACGAGGACGAAAGCAGCAAGGGCAAGUCGGCCCCCUACCAGUGGCCCUCGCCCGAGGCCAGCAUCGAGCUGAUGCGUGACGCCCGCAUCUGUGCUUUCCUGUGGCGCAAGAAGUGGCUGGGCCAGUGGGCCAAGCAGCUCUGCGUGAUCAAGGACACCAGGCUCCUGUGUUACAAGUCCUCCAAGGACCACAGUCCUCAGCUGGACGUGAACUUGCUGGGCAGCAGUGUGGUGCACAAGGAGAAGCAAGUGCGGAAGAAGGAGCACAAGCUGAAGAUCACACCCGUGAGCGCCGACGUGAUCGUGCUGGGCCUGCAGAGCAAGGACCAAGCUGAGCAGUGGCUCAGGGUCAUCCAGGAGGUGAGUGGCCUGCCUUCUGAAGGAGCUUGUGAGGGAAGCCAGUACACCCCAGAUGCCCAGCGCCCGAGUUGUCCGAAACCAGAUGUAACUGAGAAGUACCUGUCAGCCUCGGAGUAUGGAAGCUCCAUAGAUGGCCACCCUGAGGUCCCAGAGACCAAAGAUGUCAAGAAGAAAUGUUCUGCUGGCCUCAAACUGAGCAACCUAAUGAACCUGGGCAGGAAGAAAUCUACCUCGCUGGAGCCUCCGGAAAGGUCCCUCGAGACAUCCAGUUACCUGAACGUGCUGGUGAACAGCCAGUGGAAGUCGCGCUGGUGCUCCGUCAGGGACAGUCACCUGUACUUCUACCAGGACCGGAACCGCAGCAAGGCGGCCCAGCAGCCCCUCAGCCUGGUGGGCUGUGAGGUGGUGCCAGACCCGAGCCCCGACCACCUCUACUCCUUCCGCAUCCUCCACGAUGGCGAGGAGCUGGCCAAGCUCGAGGCCAAGUCUUCCGAGGAAAUGGGCCACUGGCUAGGCCUCCUGCUUUCUGAGUCGGGCUCCAAGACAGACCCAGAAGAAUUCACUUACGACUACGUGGACGCCGACAGGGUUUCCUGUAUCGUAAGCGCCGCCAAAACCUCUCUGCUACUGAUGCAGAGAAAGUUCUCAGAGCCGAACACUUACAUUGACGGCCUGCCCAGCCAGCAUCACCAGGAGCUGCUGUAUGAUGACGUGGAGGUGUCAGAGCUGAUGGCUGUGGGGGAGGCCCCUGAGGAAGCUGUUCCUGCGACAGAUGCUCCGAGGGAGCCUGACCCCGACCGCGUAUACCUGGACCUCACGCCCGUCAAGUCCUUCCUGCACGGCACCGGCAGUGCACAGGCCCGGGCCCCCUCGCCCACGCUGCCCCAGCCGGACCCUCCGGCCGAGGCCCUCCCUGCAGACCUGAACCCCACCCCCGAUGAGCCCCUCAUGGUGUCUCCAGAGAACCCCGAGUUGCAGGUACAGGGGGUCCCCCAGCAGGUGAGCUGGCCUCACCUUCUGGGGUGUCUCAGCCAGCUGGGUCCUGUUUGCUUUCUCCCAAAGCAGAUGCAGCAGGAGAGUCAGGAACCUGAGGAGCCUUCCCUGGGAAUCACGGCAGUCAAAAUCCAGACUGAACAGCAGAAGAUCUCCUUCCCACCGAGCUGCCCUGACACUGUGCCCGUCGCCCCAGCCGGGGCCAGCCCACCUGUGAAAGACAGGUUGAAGGCAACCAAUGCAGAGAUCAAACUUGGCAAGAACAGGACAGAAGCCGAGGUGAAGCGGUACACAGAGGAAAAGGAGAGGCUUGAGAAGAAGAAGGAAGAAAUCCGGGGGCACCUGGCUCAGCUCCGGAGGGAGAAACGGGAGUUGAAGGAGACCCUGUUGAAGUGUACAGCCGACUGGCUUCUCUCUGCAGACAAGGGGGCGGCGGCCAGCCUGGAGGAGAAGCUGAAGGAGAUCGACGAGGAGUGCAGGGUGGAGGAGCGCAGGCGCGUGGACCUGGAGCUCAGCAUUGUGGAGGUGAAGGACAGCCUGAAGAAGGCCGAGGCCGGGCCCGUGACGCUGGGCACGACUGUAGACACCACCCACCUGGAGAACGUGAGCCCCCGGCCCAAAGCUGCCACCUCGACUCCUGCCCCGGACUGUACCCCAGUCAACUCCGCAACUGCGCUCAAGAACAGGCCUCUGUCGGUCAUGGUCACGGGCAAAGGCACCGUCCUCCAGAAAGCCAAGGAAUGGGAGAAGAAAGGAGCAAGUUAGGAAACAAACUUCAUCUAGAGACUCUCCUGUCAAUAUGGACCUUGGUGACAAUCCUACUUCGUUACAGUCUUCGUUAAAGCAGCAACUCUGUAAAAGGGUGAGUCUGUUUACAAGAAAAAGGAAGGACUGGGGUUCUAUGAAUGGAAAACUUCGGCUAAGAGGAGGCUCUGUCCCUUUGCAGAGCCAAAGGAAGUAAUACGACAACAACAACAAAAAAGACUUGUUUGGAGACCUAAGUCUAUUGGUUGUAAACAUUACAUUGCUGUAUUUAGGGGUAUUCUGUGUUUCUUCCUUGAAGUUUUCAGCAAUUGCUUUAUCAAGCUUUUUAAGUGAAAAGAUUCCGAUGUGGAGACUUUGGUGGAAGAGAAAUUAAGGUAGCAGGGCCCUGUCCCACUGGUCACAUGGCUUUGGUGAUUCAGAAGGUCUAAACCCCUAUCUGAUUCUUAGCAGCGUCAGGGGUUAAACUGUCCUUGUCUUCAACUGUGUAAAGCCAUCUAUGGUUUUUUGAGAAAUGGUAACGGGGAAAACAUUUGGGACCAAGCUGAGGCACUGUUCCCAGUAAAUUAAAGACUUUUUUCAGGCUAAAGCAGGCCAGAACCAAUUGCUUUUAAAUAAAAUUUUAAGUGAUGCUGUAUUACAUAGGAAAAAAAAUGUUUCAAAUCCUGUAAUUUAGAACAGUGAAAAGUGUCUGUUGAGAUUUAACUGACAUUUUACAUUACCAUAGAAACAAGAUUACCCUGUGUUUACAGAUUCAGUCCUGCGGUGAGGCGAUUUCUAAGAGAAGAGUUACUUAGUAUAAUGUUCUCUUAGUCCCUGUUUUUUUAAGUUGUGCUCUAUGUCCAGGCCCUUUCCAAGAAAAAAGGGGCGAGUUUUGUUUCUGGUGGUCUCUUAAAAUUGGCAGUGCUGUUCUUUGUGUUGCCCGUUCUUCUCUGCUGAUGGCACUGGUUAACACAGGUUGGAACACAUUGGUUAACACAGGUUGGAACAUUUCACCUGUCAUCUCUCAGCCUCAUUUCUGGGGGUUCUGAAUCAGAGUUCUUUAACACUGGUUCCUAAGAACUAAAGGUCUUUUGAGUCUUAUUGUCUUUCUAAUCCCAGGGCAUUUAUUUCCUUUGUCAUAAACACUUGGUGUCCCAAGUGGUGAGUUAGUUGUUUUUGUUUUUUUUUAAUAAAAUGUUAAUUGU